CCGGAGCCCCGCACACCCACCAUGGAUCUGCUGCUGUUGGUGAACACGAGCCUGGGCUCCCCCAACGAGUCCCUGGCGCUGCCCCCCGCCUCGCCGUCCUCCUCGGCCCUCCUGCAGCCGCCCUCCCCCUACUCGCCGGCGGCCGUGGCCAGCCUGGCGGCGGUGGUGGGCUUCCUCAUCGUCUUCACCAUCGUGGGCAACGUGCUGGUGGUGAUAGCUGUGCUCACCAGCCGGGCGCUGAGAGCCCCCCAGAACCUCUUCCUGGUGUCCCUGGCCAGCGCGGACAUCCUGGUGGCUACCCUGGUCAUGCCUUUCUCCUUGGCCAACGAGCUUAUGAAUUACUGGUACUUCGGCAAGGCUUGGUGUAACAUUUACCUGGCGCUGGACGUGCUGUUCUGUACCUCGUCUAUCGUCCACCUGUGCGCCAUCAGCCUCGACAGGUAUUGGUCGGUCACACAGGCGGUGGAGUACAACCUCAAACGGACACCGCGGCGGAUCAAGGCCAUCAUCCUCACCGUGUGGCUCAUUUCAGCCAUCAUCUCCUUCCCGCCAUUGAUCUCCGUGUACCGGGACCCCGAAGGAGAUGUUUUUCCCCAGUGCAAGCUCAAUGACGAGACAUGGUACAUCCUUUCUUCUUGCAUUGGCUCUUUCUUUGCCCCCUGCCUCAUCAUGGUGUUGGUCUAUAUCCGCAUCUACCGCGUGGCCAAGCUAAGGACCAGGACCCUCUCUGAGAAGCGUACAAUGCCCGAGGGGUCCUCCCAGACUGAGAACGGCUUGAGCCGUGCUGCUGGUGGCUGCACGUCCCUGAGGAUGCAGCUGGGAGAGAACGGACAUUAUUCAGUGCACCACUGGCGCAAAGCCUCUGAGCUGGAGGACAUUGAGCUGGAGGAGAGCAGCACCUCAGAGAGCAGGCGGAGGCGGAGUCGGGAGGAGCAUCGCCGCAAAAGCAAGAGCCAGUCCUUCUCCUACUCAUACUCCUCCAAGCACUCCAGUAGCCGUCUGUCCCGUGCGAGCAAUCGCUCCAUGCAGUUCUUCUCCUAUCGCCGUCGCCGGAAGCGUAGCAGCAUCUGCCGUAAGAAAGUUGCCCAGGCCCGGGAGAAACGCUUCACUUUUGUGCUGGCUGUGGUCAUGGGGGUCUUUGUAGUUUGCUGGUUCCCUUUUUUCUUCAGCUACAGCCUCUAUGGUAUUUGCCGGGAGGCAUGUGAGGUCCCCGAGACUCUCUUCAAGUUCUUCUUCUGGAUUGGGUAUUGCAAUAGCUCCCUCAACCCAGUCAUCUACACCAUCUUCAACCAGGACUUCCGCAGGUCCUUUAAACACAUUCUUUUUAAGAAGAAAAAGAAGAACUUCCGGCAUUGAGCUGGAGGGAUGGAUUUGCCUUGAGCAGGAGUAGAGUUAAAAGAGAAGGCUCAGUGCUGGAAAAGAAGGGAGGAAAGAGAACAUGGGGCUUGGGCUUAGGGAGUGGGGAGAGGGCUCACCCCCUAAGCUUGGGCUUAGGGAGCAGGGUGAUGCUGUGGGGGACAGGGAUGGUGUCAGGCUGAGGGCACUCGCUGUGGUCCAGAAUGGUGACAUGGUGCUGGGGACGCAGUGCUGGAGUGUGGAGGGGUAAAGCGGGAGGGAGUGAUUGUCUUUGAACCCUGACAGAAGGCACAGGGAGCCCGCAGAGGAAAGCAGGCUGAGACACAGAGUUUGGGAAGCAGUGAGCUUUCAUGGGCUCUGGAAUUUUGGGGGAAAACAAAAAGAGACAUCAAAAGGAAAGGGUUAAGUGGCAUUGGUGGUGGAGAUUUGAGGAUUUUAUAAAUAGGGCAGCUGGGGCCUAUGGUGGAUUUGUCCCAGUAAGAAAUUGGCUUUUACUGCUUGUGUGGGGAAAGAGAGUGCAAAGUGCCAGGCACUGACAGUGUUUUGAGUUAUGAAAGGAUUUAAAUGUUUGCCAAAAAAACCCUAAAGAACAAUCCAAACUCUUUUCUAAAUAAACCUUUGUACUGUUAAAA